AUGGAUUUAUCGGAUAAUGAAGGGCUUUCAGAAGAUAUUAACGAAUUAGAAGGCUGGACUAAGCAGGAAAAAUUUAAUUUAUUGCAAGCAAUUAAAGAGAACGGGUCACAGUAUACACAGUUGAUUAGUAAUUUUAUUCCAACAAAAAGUGAAGAGGAAAUAAAAAUGGCUAUAAGUUAUUAUAAGAAAAAAGCUCUAGCGCAUCCUACGAAAUGGAUCCAAAAAAAUAUUCGUAGAGCAAAUAAUCUACCAGUGAUACCUUUAAGUGUAUGGGCUAAAAAUAUUAUAGAUACUCAUAGCUUUGAAAGUCUUGGUACUGAGACUGCAGCUGCUCUUCGUUUAAUAGCCCAAUAUGAAGAUAGACCUGCAUCUGUUUGUACAGCCAAUGUAGAUUUCAAAAAAGCAUAUACUAUACUCGCCGACGCGUUAGAAGGUAAAACUAUACCACAUGACCGUUAUAUAUUGCCUAUUUUUGAAAAAUGUAUUCUUGAAACGGCACUUACCAGCAAAGCAUACAUGAAAAGUAGUGCAUUCAAACAAGUUAUACAGUCAAUUAAUAAUAACAGUCAAGAGGUGAACUUGUUUAAAGUGCCUGAUGAAGACAAUGAACUUAUUGCUUUGCGGCAUUUAGCAUGUCAAAUAAGUUAUAAUCCAUUAAAUAUACCUGAAAAAUAUUUAAAAUCUUCUGUGUAUAAUUAA